AUGCCCUACACCCAGCUUCCCAUCAGCACCCCUCUCUUCGCCGAGCUGACCAGGCAAUGCAUCUGCGUCGGAAAGGACAACAAACAGUGCACCCGAGUGCGCGAGAGCGACUUUCGGAAAAAAGAAAGCGAGGCGACCAAGCAGCACCGCGAAGGGCUCGUUCGCUCCUUGGUCCGCCAUUAUGCGUAUUUAACCGAAGACGAGCGAGAGGGUUACGCAGAGGAACUCGCCAUGCUGAGUGUGUGUCGGGGUUGUCGAAGUGAUGGAAACAUUGAGGUCGUAAAGACGGAGAUCCUGAGGCAACGUGCGGAAGAGGAGGGACAAAACGCCAGCAGUGCCGAGAGCGUUGAUGUGAAAAUGAGUGAUGGCGAAGCCACCCUUCCCGCCUUGCGCCCGUUGCGCAAGAGUGUUCCGCACCACCACACUGCGCCGAUCCAACCACGGAUGUUAUCGACUACGACACCGCUGCUGGAUGCGUUCCAAUCGCUCAGGCUACAAAGCUCUGAGCCACCCGCAGAUCGGCACGAAAGAACAGGCUGUGGAAAGACCACGCCUCUCGCAGCUCCUACUCGUAUAGCUCCGACGCACAGACGGAGGUCCUCGAGAACAAGAAUGGAGUCGCGAAAGGCCAAAGCAGCGCCCCAGCACCGACAUGAGGGUUCACCGAUGAGCCGACCUUCUCGUCAGCAAACCAAGCGCAGCCGCAACAAUGCUCAUACGGCGUCCGAGCAUCGAAUCCAGAAGACGAACGCGCCAAUGCCCAAGUCGAAACGCCAACAGCACACAAGCGACUCGUCCCUCAAGUUUGUAAAAAGCAUUCUCAAAUGCUUUGGCAACGUGGCGUUAGAGUCUCUCACGAUCUCUCGAUCGGAAGAUUCCAGUCAAUAUCGUAUAGAAGCUCAGUGCUUCCAUCGCAGCCACGACAAUGCAGACCAGCCGUCAUACGAUUCGCGCAGUUUCGAAGAGCGCCGGAGGCUGCCAGGAUCUCUGGCCACGGAGCGAGUGUGGUCACACCGUGAUGAGACGCAAUUCUAG